CAAGGCUGCCGAAACAGAGCCCAGUGGCGGCCGGAGGCGACGGAAGGGAGAGCAGCGCAAGAGCGCUGACGGGAGCAGGCGAGCCGCCCGCCCUGGCCCAGUGCCACGGAGAGGAGGGGCAGCGAAUCCCCAGAGCCCAUUAAAAACCAGGCUUAGCCGAAGCCAGGGGAAGAAAGCACCACCAUAGAAGGCAGCGGGGCGGCGGAGCAGCGCAGCCACGACCUACGGAGCUUCCAGCGGCGGGAUUCUCUCGCAGGGCCCCCACCACGACCGCGAGCCAAACUUUCGGGACUGCCUCCCGCCGAAGCGCCACCAGGCCCCCGGGACCGCCGCAGACGCAGAGCGCCGAAGGACGAGUGAGUGAGCGAGCGAGCGGGCGCGCGCGCGCGUGUCUGGAUGAGGCGGCAGGAGCCGUGAGCAGUCCAAUCUCGCCACCAGCCAGCCCGCCCGCCCGUUUGCCCGCCCGCCGUCUCUUCGCCCCUUCCUCAAGAUGAGUGCUACGCUCCCGAGCCUCCUGGCCUCUCUGGCCGUGUUGCUCCUCGGCAGGAUGGACCGCCUAGCUGACGCCUGCAGCUGCUCCCCGGUGCAUCCGCAACAGGCGUUUUGCAAUGCAGAUGUAGUGAUCAGAGCAAAGGCUGUCUCUCAGAGAGAGGUGGACUCUGGUAAUGACAUCUAUGGGAACCCCAUCAAACGCAUCCAGUAUGAAAUCAAGCAGAUAAAGAUGUUUAAAGGGCCUGACCAGGACGUUGAAUUCAUCUACACGGCUCCUUCCUCAGCAGUGUGUGGGGUGACGCUGGAUGUUGGUGGCAAGAAGGAGUAUCUCAUUGCAGGGAAAUCCGAGGGCAAUGGCAAGAUGCACAUCACACUGUGUGACUUUAUUGUUCCAUGGGAUUCCCUCAGUGCUACCCAGAAGAAGAGUCUAAACCAGCGAUACCAGAUGGGCUGUGAGUGCAAGAUUUCCCGCUGCCCCUCCAUCCCUUGCUACGUGUCUGCUCAGGAUGAAUGUCUGUGGACUGACUGGGUGACAGAGAAGAACAUCAAUGGCCGGCAGGCAAAGCACUAUGCCUGCAUCAAGCGGAGUGAUGGUUCAUGCGCGUGGUACCGUGGAGUGGCCCCACCUAAGCAAGAGUUUCUCGACAUCGAGGACCCUUGAGUCCCCAGGGCCAUGGCAGUCCAGUAGCCAAUCACAACAAAGCCUGUAAGAAUUUAGAUUGGUCCACCUUUGACAUCACUUCCUGGAAACAGCAUGAAAAUAAGGUCUCCCAGGCAGGCACAAUCGUGGUAGCGUGGAGGGGCUAAGGAAGGGGAUGUCAGGCCACUUGUAUAUUGCUUAGUCUGUUCC